CGUUGACAACACGUCAAAAAUGGCAGAUCCAGCGCCCAGUAAAAGUGAUAUUGAGGAAAUCUUCAAAAGGUUGCGAGCCAUUCCAACAAACAAGACAUGCUUCGAUUGCAAUGCAAAGAAUCCAGCAUGGGCCAGUGUUACUUAUGGCAUCUUCUUGUGCAUCGACUGUUCUGCAGUGCAUCGAGGACUAGGUGUUCAUUUGACAUUUGUACGAUCUACUCAACUUGAUACAAACUGGACUUGGCUGCAACUGAGAAAUAUGCAAUUGGGUGGAAAUGCAAAUGCUAGAAAAUUUUUUACACAACAUAACUGUACAACAACUGAUGCACAACAAAAGUAUAACUCGCGUGCUGCUAUGCAGUACAGGGAAAAGUUGGGACAGGCAUCUGCUCAAGCAAUGAGACAGUAUGGAAGAAAGCUGCAUUUAGAAGAGAAUUCAGCCCUAACAUCAGAGGAACAUAAUGAAGUUGACUUCUUUAAAGAGCACGAAAAUUUGGAUUUACAUGAUAACGAGUCCUCAACACAUAUGGAAGGAAAUUCACAGUCUACUCUUAAUUCUGUACCAGUCAAUGACAAUAUUGAAAAAAGUAAUCAGAAAAAUAUACCAGAAGUUGCAUCAAAUGCUUUGGGACCCACAGUUAAAUUAUCUGAUUCAACCUCAAAUUCAGUACUGGAAAGGAAAUCAACUAUAGGAGUUAGGAAAGUUAUGUCUAAAAAACCUGGUUUGGGGAAGAAAUCUGGAGGCUUGGGCGCUCAGAGAGUCAAAACAAAUUUUGAUGAACUAGAAAAAAGUGUUUCCGAGGCUAGUAAAGAAUCACAAGAAAAAGAUCACAAGGAUAAUGCAAAUAAGGAAGAACAAGAAGAAAUUGCUACGCGUCUUGCCUAUCGAUAUGAACAGAAUUUGAGUGAACAAGCUAAGAAAGUAGAAGAACGAGCAAAGCAUUUUGAACCAUGCAAAGCAACACAAGCAGAACGUCUUGGUAUGGGUUUCAACACACGAAGUGGUGCGAGCCAUUCUGCACUUGGUGAUAUGCGGACAAUAACACAAGAAACGUCAUCGAAGACUGUAAACGCUUCCGAGCCAAAUGUUGGUAAUGUAGAACGAAGUUUUCUCCUUAUAUUAGACGAUUAUUAUAACGCCUUGUCAGCCCGUGGCGAAGAUGUUGUUGUAAUGGCGGAGCCAGAACCACCGAAACGAGUAGGUCCAUCGAGUCGACCAAGUAUGACUAAAAACGAUAGUAAAACGGCGACGGCGGAAUCAGAAGCGCAAAAGAAAUUUGGUAGUGCCAAGGCUAUUAGCUCAGAUCAGUAUUUUCAAGAUAGCAAAGACGAUGAUUCUUGGGAACGCAAAAGCAAUCUGCGUCGUUUCGAAGGUUCGUCUAGCAUUUCAUCGGCUGACUACUUUGGCACAGGAAGUUCUACACCAACAUCUCCCACGUCUUCUUUGUCAAUGCGUCUCAGCGGUGGAAGAGCUGGAGUUGUAGAUUUAGAUGACGUUCGAGAAAGUGUACGUCAAGGGGUGAAUAAAGUCGCGGGCAGAUUAAGUUCUCUGGCCAACGCGGCCGUUUCAUCUCUACAGGACCGCUAUGGACUCUGAAUGAGAACUUACUGCAUUUUACUAAGAUUGUUAUUAAACUUAUAUUUGGACACUUCCGGUCCAUUGUUCGAAAUUGUAAAUAAAAGCUUCUAAUUCAGCUUA